AUGAAUGAGCCAAGUGGCUUCACAGCCCCAGCUGUAGCCAAUCGUCCGAACACAAAAUCAAAACUACAGCAUGUCCUAGUAAAAGACCCAUUCCCCAUCAACUUUCUCUCCUUCUUGCAUGCGAUACCUUCUGAUGAAGACGAUGGCGCCGCUGAGCCUCCUGAAAAGCGCGCCCGAAUUGAACGCCCCGAGGCCAUCCCUAUCGCCAAAGAUAUAAUUACAAUCAGGCGACCUGCCCAAUCCGAAGUACCCGUCACAGCACCCGUUACGAGGGUAAAUGCUCACCACCACAUCAAAGUGGUUCAUAAUGAGACACGACGUACCCUAACCGUUUCAUCAGUCCCUCGAUCGCCCUAUGGCUCUUUCAAGUCCGAGCUAAGCCUAGGUCACUCCAAAUUCUCCGAAGAUGUGUCAGCAAUCCUGGAAAUCCUAGGCAAGAGCAAAGAUGACGACAAGGAAGACGGCGCACUCUGGGUGAGCGUCAUGGUUGAGCUGGAAAGAAGUGGCAAGAGGGAUGAAAUACGAUUCUAUGUCGAAUUGAAUUGGAAUUCGUCUACGGAUAUCCUACGUCCCCAGCGCGCACUCAGUCGUACGGUCCUCGACACAUUCUUCCGAACUCCAGAUGAGGAACAUUCUAACGAAAAGCUGUCACCUUGGGCAUUCUAUGAUGCCGCAUUCAUCUCCCAGAAGAGCCACUCGGAUCCCUUUUCCCUUACACCCCCUAGAUUAACGUCGACAUUGUUCCCCUUCCAGCGCAGGGCCUUACAGUGGCUUCUCAAUAGGGAAGGGGUCGAGUGGAAGGAUGAAUGUGCCAACGGAGAGCCUGGUCUGGAGCAGAUAGCUGAGACGUCAGCUACAACACUUCCGUUAUCCUUUAAGGAAGUUGAGGAUGCAAAUGGGCAGUCGGUUUACCUGAGUGAUCUCUAUCACGUCGUGAAUAGGAACAUUACCCCCUUCCGCAGAAGUGAAGCCGCCAUAAGAGGUGGAAUCCUUGCCGAGGAAAUGGGUCUAGGCAAGACAGUCGAAACUAUUUCCCUCAUAUGCACGCAUACUCGUGAGAAGUCACCGGCAUCGGCUAAUCUACCACCACAGAACGGCAUUGCUAGUGGUGCGACUCUGAUUGUUACCCCGUUGACAUUGAGAAACCAGUGGAUUGCGGAGUUUGAGAACCAUGCGCCGCAUCUAAACAUAAUGGUUUAUGAGGGUUUGAAGGGAUAUGACGAAUACCUAGUUUCGAAACUGGCCGGAAAGGAUGUUGUUAUCACAACUUACAACACCCUACAAUCCGAGAUUUACUUCGCUGAGCAGGCACCCGACCGUUCUUUAAGGCACGAGAAGAAAUAUCAGCGCCCUAAGUCGCCCCUGGCUGAGAUCUGUUGGUGGAGGGUAUGUCUAGAUGAGGCGCAACAAAUCGAGAGCGGCGUCAGCAAUGCUGCCAAGGUUGCUAGGUUGAUACCUCGCAUCAAUUCUUGGGGCAUAACUGGAACUCCGAUUAAAGAGAACAUCAAGGACCUAUGGGGUUUAUUGGUUUUCCUCCGCUAUGAGCCUUUCGCAUCCUCUACACCCAUAUGGGAAGGAUUGAUUACUUCGCAUAAACAUCUGUUCAAGCCCCUUUUCAAUCGAAUCGCCCUAAGACAUACGAAGCGUGCUGUUCGUGCUGAGUUGACGUUACCACGUCAGAACCGCUAUGUCAUAACCAUUCCGUUCACCGCAGUCGAGGAACAGCGUUACAAAGAGCAGUUCUUAGAGGUGGUGAAAACUAUUACCGAGGAUGAGACUGGCGAAUCUUUACGGGAGGAUUGGGAUGCUUUGAACCCAUUGAAAAUCAGUCAGAUUCAAAGUGCUCUUGCUUCUCUUCGACAAGCAACCUUGCAUCCCUCGCUUGGACCCACCCGCCUUGGAAGAGAUCAGAGGAAAGCUUUACGGACUGUCGAUGAGGUGCUAGACGCGAUGAUCGAGCAAUCCGAAUUCCAGAUCAGAUCGAAUCAACGGCUUUACUUACUUGAGAAAUUAAAAAUGGGCCAGAUUCUAGAAUGCCUAAAUAUGGUCAAGGAAGCAAUGCAAAUUUGGAAAGAAGUUCUGGAUGAGACCGAAGUUCUUCUGGUAGAAUGCCGAACCCAACUACAAGAAGAGUUGGAUAAGGCAAAGCAGAUAGGUGCCGAUAGCAUCACGAGUCCCCAAAAAGACGAAGAUCUUGACGGCGAAAGUGGACCAGGACGAAUUGGUGAUUGCCGGCGCAGACUUCGGACGAUACUCGACGUCCUCCAUCGGACCCUUUUCUUUAUUGCCAGCGGUUACUACCAAUUGAAGGUUGACGAGGCAAAUAUCAUCCCUGAUUCAAAGGAAUUCCAAGACUUGGAUGAUAAGGAGGUCUCCCAAUACCAACUAGCCAAGAUAACCCGACAGGAGCUGUUACAUGAGGCUUACACCAAGGUCACGUCUUCAAUAGCCAAAGCCCAAGAUAAGGCGAAAUCGCAAUCCUUUGCCGAGAUUCCCGAAAUAGAGUUUCCUGAUUACCAUGGCCUGGAAAGCCGAAAAUUUCUGGAAACCUUCCAGAUGCUCGCUGAGGUUCUUAAUCAACAAGCAGACUUGGUUGAUGAAUGGCGAGAAACCAUCAUCCAGAUGUUGGUUCGGCCGCUUGUAGACGAAGAUGAUGAGGCAGAGAUAACAGGCGAAGAGUACGAAGACUCUACGAAGCUUCAGGACGAACUGAUGGUUUACACGCUGGCUUUAAGAGCUGCCAUUGCGGAUCGGCAAGAUGCUGUCUCGGGCCUGCAAAAUGAGCGUAUCAAAUAUGAUACUCGUUUUGCAGAGAGACAAGCAAAGGACGGACAAGGUCAUGCCCCUGAGAAAGUUCUCUAUUUACUCAGGCGACGCCAGGAACUUAAGCCGAAUCCUGAAUGGGGCUCUUUCCGAGGUAUUGUCACAAACCUAAGAGAAUUGGCGACAAAACUCCGCCAUGAGGUCGACAGUGGGAAGAACCGCGCAAGAGUGGAGCUGGAGAUCGUCGAAAGUCAACUUCACCUCGUACAAAAACAUAGCACUAUCCAAAGUAAGUCUGUGAUAGCGCUAGAGUCAGAGUUGAAUACAUUCGUCGCCGCGACAAAUGCUCGUGUGGAAUAUUACAAACAGCUCCAAGGAAUCUCCGAUACAGUUGCUCCGCUUGAUGAGGAGAAGGCCACUACCGAGGAUUUAAAUCAUACUCAGCUAAAGGCGAGUAGAAUAAAGGACAAAAUUGACGAAGCACUGCCCAAGCACCGUUACCUCCUCCACCUCAAAAAGUCCGGCCAGAAAGAAGAGGAAGUAUGCGUCAUCUGCCAAUGCCCUUUCGCUCUAGGAGUACUCACGCCUUGCGGUCAUCAAUUCUGCAAAGAGUGCAUAUUGCAUUGGUUUAGAAGCAAAUAUAAUUGCCCGGUAUGCAAGAAGUUCCUCGUGAUUGGGAUGCUUCACGAUAUUACUUUGAAGAAGCCGGAGUUGAGAAUUCGCCAAGAGCUCCCAGGGGGCGCGCAAGAGCAUCCGCAUGGACCAAGUGCCACUAACUCACCCUCCAAGUCGAGAAACUCUGGGAUAUAUUCCGAAUUUGGCAGCGAGAAACUUGAGGCUAUCAGGAACAUCGAACUUCCAGGCGCGCGAACUUCCACCAAGAUCGAUACACUUGCAAGACAUCUGAUCUGGUUACGCGUGGAAGACCCAGGCGCCAAGUCUGUCAUAUUCUCACAAUUCCCAGGUUUUCUUGAAAUUCUGGCAGAUGCCUUUGAUUCGUAUCAGAUCGGGCAUACAUCCUUUAAGACGAGGAACGGAAUCAAGAAAUUCAAGGAAGAUCCGGCAAUCGAAUGCUUCCUCAUGGAUGCUAGGGCACACGCUAGCGGACUUAACCUCAUCAACGCAAGUCAUGUGUUCCUCUGUGAACCUCUCCUCAACACGGCGUUAGAACUACAGGCAAUCGCUCGAGUGGACCGCAUUGGCCAGGAGCAUGAUACCACCGUAUGGUUGUACCUGAUAGACGGCACCGUAGAGGAAUCAAUCUAUAACUUAUCUGUUCAGCGCCGGCUUGAACACAUGCGCAACAAUAGCGGGGAGGGCACCGUCAGCGACGGCAUGUCAGAAUUAUCGGAUCUCAACCUCGAGGCGGCAAACUCGCGCGCUCUCGAGGAAGCAAAACCGUCGAAGCUCAUGAACAAGGAUUUGAGGCUCGGCGAGAUCGUACCUGUCGACGAUCUUUGGCAAUGCCUGUUCGGCCACGUCGCCAGAGAGAAAGUUAGAGAAGCCGAUGCGGACGACGCGAGAAGGAACAACCCCGCCGUAAUGGGGUUCCUCGCAGGAGAAGCCGCGGAGGCGAGACGCGCGGAGGCGGAGACGGAGACGGAGUAG